AAAAAUGUCGGUGAAAAUUGGAGGUGUCAAUUAAUUGUCUUGUAUUUGUGUGUGUGUGCGGGGAAGUAUAUAUACAUAUAUAUAUAUAUAUUAGUGUUGGGGAAUGGAGGAUAUUCUCUUCCGUGUGGGGGCAAAAGUGUGGGCGUUAGUGAAAGAGAGACAAAACUUGAAUCAAGUGUGAAAAUAAAAAAAAAAGAAAGAAACGAAACGAAGAGAGGGAAGUUGUUGUAUGUGAGUGCGAGAAGGAGGCGCUUCUGUAUUCGUGAACGAUACCGCGGUGGAUGGCGGGUGGGUGCUGGUGAUUCAGCCGAUCAGGAUCUUGUCCAGGACGAGAUUUUCAACAAGGAUUGGCCGACGGGGAUGAUGAUAAUGAUCCAUCAUCGUCGCGUUAAAUAAUUGUGAAAAUUCUCCCAACAAAAGUCUAUACGGUUUACGCAUAAAGGAGUUAUAAAAGUGCCGCGUGCAACUCCAAUUUUUUUUUUUGUGCUUUGCGUCCGUGUAUAUAUAUAUUUUUUUUCGUGAAUACAACCGGGUGUCUGAAUCAUACAUUUUUUGGAGGCUGCGACAUUGACCCGAAAUUUGAGAUUUGCUCCAAGAAAGAGAGAGAGAGAAAAAAUGAGUGAUUAAUUUUUAUCGUCGCCCCUCUCCCCCCACCCUCAUGUCUUCUGUCAAUUGCCAAAGUUCUCACUUCCGUGUCACAUUGCACUUCAGUGAAUUAACAAGAUGUUUGAAUGAAUUUCAAAAUUCGAAGGAAAAGAAAGCAGGUUUUAUUUGAUGCCUGGUAAUCAGAUGGAAAUAGAAAUUUGAAAAAGAGAGAGAGAGAGAGACGACUUGACACACAAAACGUCCAAGAGGCACAAGCGCUUCAUAAGCGACGGGCUGUGAUUCAACCAAGUUGUGAUUCAAGUUUUUAUCAUUUAACCUUGUUUUUUUUGUUUGUUUGUCUUUUUUUUAUUUUGUCAAGUGUCUUCGAUAUUUGAUUGAUAUAGAAAAGAUCGUCUCCGGUGAUUGUUGUGUUGAAUUUUUUUUCGACACACACACACACAUACACGUGAGACUGAAAUUUUUGCACGAGAUUCUAAAGGAAUAUUACAGUGGAAGAUUUAAAUAAUAGAAUUACAAGUAGAAUUUUUAGAUAUUUAAUAAUCAUUAACGCUUUUAAAAGCGUAAAAAAGUAAACGAGUGCCUAAAGUAAAACAGUAGCAACGCAGCGACGGAGGGCAGAUCAGCAACCCGGGUACGGGAUCAGGAGCGGCGUCAUGUCCGACGACGAAGACAAACCCCCUGCACCACCGGUGCGACUCACUUCGAACAGAGGUGAGUCCACGCCUAAUUUACCAGUGGACAUGCGACCAUUGCCAAAAGAACCUGAUUCAGAGGAACGCAAGAAAAAGACUUUGAAAAGCAAGAUGAAGGUGAAGGAGAAUAAGGACAAACCUAACAUUAGUUAUCCAACUAAUUUCGAGCACACAGUUCAUGUUGGAUUUGACGCAGUGACCGGUGAAUUUACGGGGAUGCCGGAAGCUUGGGCAAGGCUGCUGAUGUCCAGCAACAUCAGCAAACAAGAGCAAAAGAAAAAUCCACAGGCAGUUCUUGAUGUACUCAAUUGGUAUGACAACAGCAGUAAAGAAGCGAAAGGCUCUAAAUUCAUGACAACGACAAAAAUGGUUGGAGUUGUUGCGCCUAUAGAAAGAGCCAGCAGUCCUCGGAAUAUUGGUGUGAGCAUUGGUGUUGGAAUAGGAAAUAUGCGUGGACAAGCGAUGUCACAGGCUUCCGGAAGUUCACAUUCACAACAUUCACUCAGCAGAGUAAGCAGUAGUAGUCCAAGCAGUACACCAACAGAUGCUUGUGCCACAAGUUCUGAACAGGAAGAUGAACCUCCACCACCGCCAAUUUCCGCAAGACCUGAACGCACGAAAUCAAUUUAUACAAAACCAAUUGAAGAAGAACCACUUCCGCCACUUCCAACGUCACUUGGCUCACCGCAACGAAAUGGAACUCCACAACAGCAAAAUCCAGCUGCACAAUUGGAUAAAAAUAAAAAUCAAGCAACGCCAAUUGAUCAAUCGCGACCGGCACAAAGUGAAAAGACGCGUAAAAAGAAAAUGUCAGACGAUGAAACAUUAGAAAAAUUGCGAACAAUUGUCAGUGUUGGUGAUCCAAUAAAGAAAUAUACAAAAAUGGAAAAAAUUGGACAGGGCGCAUCGGGCACUGUUUACACGGCAAUUGAAACAUCAACGGGAAUGGAAGUUGCAAUAAAACAAAUGAAUCUUUCACAACAGCCAAAGAAGGAAUUAAUUAUUAAUGAAAUAUUAGUAAUGCGGGAGAAUAAACAUCCAAAUGUUGUCAAUUAUUUGGAUAGCUAUCUUGUUGGUGAGGAAUUAUGGGUGGUUAUGGAAUAUUUGCCUGGUGGUAGUUUAACGGAUGUUGUCACUGAAACAUGUAUGGACGAGGGACAAAUUGCCGCUGUUUGUCGUGAAGUAUUACAGGCACUUGAAUUUCUUCAUUGCAAUCAAGUUAUUCACAGGGACAUUAAAUCGGAUAAUAUUCUUCUUGGUUUGGAUGGCGGUGUGAAAUUAACUGAUUUUGGCUUUUGCGCACAAAUCUCACCUGAACAAAGUAAAAGAACAACGAUGGUGGGAACUCCAUAUUGGAUGGCACCGGAAGUUGUCACACGAAAACAAUACGGUCCGAAGGUCGACAUAUGGUCCUUGGGGAUAAUGGCUAUCGAAAUGAUAGAAGGAGAGCCACCGUAUUUAAAUGAAAAUCCUUUAAAAGCUCUUUAUCUAAUCGCGACAAAUGGCAAACCAGAAAUUAAGGAGAAAGAGAAGCUGUCGGGCAUUUUUCAAGACUUUUUAGACCAAUGUUUAGAAGUUGAAGUCGAAAGACGCUCAUCAGCCUCGGAACUUCUUAAGCAUCCAUUUUUGAAAUUAGCAAGGCCGCUGGCCUCAUUAACGCCACUGAUAAUGGCGGCUAAGGAAGCAGCAAAAGGUCAUUAGGAGAAUAAAAUUUCGACUGGCAGAAUAGUUGAGUGAGACGUCAUCAGUAAAAAAAAAAAAAAUUAAAAAUAAUGAAUUACCCUCCCAAAAGGUAACGGCACAAUAAUUCAAUAAUUUAUAACGAUUAAUGAAUAUCAUAUAUAUAUAUAUAAAUAUAUAUAUAAAUAUAAAUAUAUAAAUAUAUUAGAUAGAACUUCAGAUAUCACCUGAUAUCAAGAAGCAGUUAAAAAAAAUUUUUUUUUUGAACGUUCAAAUCUCUGGAGUCACGAUAAAUUAAUUUAUUGCGAUUUAAUUGGAUCACUAAUUGAAUCUAUGAAUAUUCAAUUAUGUUAAUUUAACUGAAUUACAAAUUAUAGUUUAAUUAUAGCGGAACUCAAUUAAUAUUUAUUAUAUAUUAUAAUAAUUUAUUUUAAAAAAAAUUAUUCUUUAAAUCCAUUGUUUUUGUUUAGAAAUUUUUCUAAAAACAAAACAAACAAAAAAAAGAGGAAAUAAAUUUCGACUUAAAGACCCAAGAGAUUUGAACGAACGAUGAUCGAUUAUUUUCUAAAUAUUAUUAUAUAUAUAUAUAUAUAUAAUUAUACGAAACGAGUAUUACUGACUCUUUUUUGAAGAACGAGUUAGCUACAUUGAUACACAACUACUAUUAGAGAGAACCUUACUAGAUAAUAACUUUUAAGCUGAUAUUGAGUAAAAAAACAAACGUGUAACUGACGUGGGUGAAUACUCGUUGUUGACUACACCGUCAUCGCCAAAAAGUUCAAACAUUAAGUCUUUUUUUGACAUGUUGCGUAUGAGCGAUAUCUAAAAAGAAUGGUCCCGUUAAGUGACGAGCGGUGGUUUUAUGUAGAUUUAUUGGCAGGGGUGGGGAUAGGAUUUUUGUUGGUUUCUGAUUGGUUGAUUCGCGGAGAUUCUUCGCUGAUGUCAUCUGGAGCCCUCUCUUCACCCUCAAAAUAGGGUUUGAUGUCCUUUACGUGGACGAUGUGACAUUUCCCUUCCUGAUCGGCGAUCUCAAUAACGGUCUGGCUUAUUAUGUCGGUAAGUACAAAAUUCCCUUUAAAUUUCGUCGCUAAUUUUGAUGAAAAAUUGGCAAUGGCGGACGAUAACGGUCUUUCUCGUUUACUUACUUUGUCACCAACGGAUGGUGUCCAGUCGCGUCUUUUACGAUCAUAAUAUGCGGUUUGACGCGUAAAUGCUCGUGCCAAAUUUACUCGUACGAGCUCCAUCGUGUCUUUCAAUUUGUCGACCCGUUUGGGGAUUGGUUGCGUAUUUUUUUCUAUUGUUGCUUUUAGAGUACUGGGAGGCAAGAUCUCGCGUUGAAAAUUUAAAUAUGCGGGGGUAAACAACGUCGAUUCGUGUUUCGCCGUGUUUAUCGCGAAUUGAAACUCACAAAGUAACGCAUCCCAAGUCUUUUGAUUAUCGUUUACGUAUUGUGAAGUCAUUGUUUUUAUCGUUUUGUUUGUUCUUUCAACGGGAUUGCAUUGGGGUGAGUAUGGGGGUGUUCUUUGGUGAGUUAUUCAAAACUCGUUUAAUAAAUUCGCGAAUUCAGUCGCCCGAAAUUGACUCCCGUUAUCGGUAAUUAGAAUCCUGGGACAACCGUAUCGUAAAAUUACUUUUUCUUUUAGCGCGUUUAUAAUUGGUCUGGUUUUUUGUUCACGGAGGGGAUGUAGCUCGACCCACUUUGUAAAUUUGUCUUGCAUUAUCAGUAAAUAUUUAUUACCGCGUGAUGAUCUUACGAGAGGACCUACUACGUCCAUUGAGACAUACUCCUAAGGAUAAUUGGCGUUACAGGUACCCAUUUUUCCGGGAAUCGCCGUUUGGGGUAAUUUGUGUGAUAGACAUGGUUCUCACCGUCGUACACAAUUUGCGAUGUCACCGUUCAUUUUUGGCCAAUAAUAAUUUUCUGCGAUUAUUGGGCGCUGCAGUCUGCAUGGCCGGCUUCAACUUGUCAAAUUUCAGUAACUGAAAAUGUCCUCUCACAGGAAUCACAUCCAAACCAUCCGCACACAAAUUUAGAUCAGACAUCUCCACCACCAACUGAUUAUUCUCGAUGACACUGGCUGCCACACCAGGCAUUUUAUCAUCAUACCAACACUGCAAGUACUUCACAUCACAAUCGGCUUAGAUCCCUCAAAAGAUAUACACUCGGACACCACGCGCUCACGCAACGGCUCAUGAGUAGCAUGCGGAAGAUCCAUCACUAACUCCUCAUCCAGAGGGCGACCAAUAUGUCUUGUGAAAAUUACAUCCGAUUCAUAAUACCCCGCCUUCUUCGCGUUCACCCGUCUCAUUGCAUUCCACGUUAUUAACACCUCAUCGGGCACUACCACUGAUGUUACAUACUUAUACAAUAAGUCCUCCACAUCCGAAUAAUAUACGAGUGACUUCGUGUGCCUGCUAAUAGCAACUAUUGCCCAUGGCACCUGAUCGUAUAUCAUUAAGGGUUUCUCAUUCUUCUUUAUACAUAUCACGUGUUCGUAUGUAGCGCCUUGCGCUUCGUGAAUUGUCAAGACUGCCGAUCCCUUUCCUACCCCAUAUUUAUUAUCAACCAACUGCUGUUUAUCACUCUGAUUGUGCACCAAGUACAAGGUGUAAUCCUGAUCGCGUCUUAUCCCGGAAAAGUUCUCACUGUAGCGCUUCCAAACCAUCGACCGCACCAGCAAAUUGUUAGUGUAUAUCGGUAACGAGCUGUACAUAGGGCUCAACACAUACAUCACGUCUAUCGGACACCAAUAUGAAGCGUGCAACUCCUCACGCACGUCCAUGUACGAAGACGGCAAAGUGUACUUCAGGUCCGACACAUGAUCCCUAUCUAUGUACGGUAUUUGAUUCUUAUCUCCCAGACACACAACUUUCUUUGCACCAGUCAAGAGUGUCACCUAUCCCAACACACCAGCAUGUGACAUCAAAAACUCAUCCAUCCACACCACAGCGAACUGUUUAUCACACCCAUUCACCAGAACAGACUGCACUGUUCUAUAAUAGGUGUUCAAAAACACUUUUGGGACACCCUUUGCUUCUGCUCUCUUCCUAAAUUCACUGACCCCAUCAGACGUAGUGCACAACACCAAGUCACUACCGCUCUUAUGUGGCAACACGUGAUUUUGCAUUAUAUAAUGGGUCUUUCCACAACCAGGAGGUCCAUUGACCCACACCAAGUCCGGUAUUUUCACAUCCAUUGGUUCAUGACGCAUCAAUCUCCUUUCGAUUGCUUUGUUCAGCAUUAUUUUUGUUCUCUUAUUCACAAACACAUACCUGCCCUUUGUCAAAUCACACUCGAAUGUGCCCCCGGGUUCGUUCCAAAAGACAUAACCAGUAUUAAAAUAUCCGGCCAUGUACUUGACUUUCGUUGGUAACAUGUAGCACUUCCGCACCAGAUCAAAAACAUUCACCAUGUUCUUUGUCAUAUACUCGGCCAUGCAUUGUGAUGACAAAAAUGCAGAAUCAGUGUACUUUUCGAAUUCAGACUUUAGCGUAGCCGCAUUAACAGCAUCCGCAGAAGAUAUUAUAUGUCCUCAACCCAACCUCUUCUCGCGUCAGCGCCGGUAGAAACUCAACCUGCAUUUCACUCUUUGGCUCCACGUAACCAAUUUCCUUUCGAUUCACUAUCGAGUAAAACUCAAAAUAGGGAAGGCUCUAAGAGUGAAACUCUUCGUCCUGAGUCAAACUUAGUUCUGAGCUCUCCGUGUCGGGCCUGCUGCUUUUAUGUCGGUCCGUCUGGCAGAGAAGCGGUGGGGGAGCUCGGAGGUCUGAGCGCCUGGAGGGGGAAAUUACUUGGGCUGCGCGACGCUAGGUCGGUUCUCGGUCGCUGGUGCGCAACUUUUCGCUCCGUGCAGUGGGGCCUUUCUCCACCGUCCGCGCUUUUUACCUAUACGUUUGUUAUUGAUUUGUUUUUUUGUCUCAGUAAUUUCUAUUCUAACGGUCAUCACAACAUUAUCAGUCAAAACUUGUAAAAAAAAAAAAAUUAUCUUUGCGUCAGACUUAUAUUUUUUGAACCAAUUUGGAAAAAAUUGAACAAUAGGUUCUUUUUCUUAAUUAACAAUGUGUAAAAAAAGGAAAGAAAACAAAAAUAAUGCCUAGCUCAAAAACCUGAUUUUAGUCGUUCCACCGGUUUUAAAAUUUCAACGUUCUCAAAUUAUUGUCAGAAGCAAUAAAAAUGCAGCUUUGAUCGAUCGUCAAUUUUUAACUUGAUUUUUUUUAUAUAUAUAUUUUUUUGAAAUAUUUUUAUUAUCGAAUUUAUUUCACAUUAUGACAAAAACUAAUUGAUUGUGAAAUAAAUUCGGUGUUAUUAUUAUUUUUUAUUACUAUUAUUAUUAUUAUUGCUAUUAUUAAUUUAUAAAUAGUAUAUCAAUUUUAUCAAAAGGUUGCGUGAUUUUAUAAUAAUUUAUUGAGACUAAUCGAAUUAUUUUAUUGUUUUCGUCUUGUAUAUUAUUUUUUCAUGAGAUGUAUUAAAUUUUAAUUCUCGUAAUUUGUUUUUAUCUUGCGAAUUUGCAAUUUUUAUUUUCAGUUUUGUUUGUUUACUGGGCCGAUUUUUUUUAAAAGAGAACUUUUUCUCUUGUUUUUUUUCUCUUAUAAAGAAAAUAAUUUUUCCUGUAUCAGUAUUUUUUUUACCCUUUUUAUGUCGUCCUUUCUUUUUAGUUAUUGAAUACAAUUUUAAAAAUAUGUUUUAAAAUUUUGUAUUAUUAAAAAUAAAUUUUGUAAAUUAUACUUUUGUUUAUUACGAUUUUGAUCUCUUUUGCAAAAUGGCCUGAGAAAUUGGUUUGUUUGCGAAAAAAGGAAUUUAGUAUUAGAAAUUCAGACAAAAAUAUAUAUAUAUACACUGAGAGAAAUGGAUAGUAAGAAUUUGAUAGUAAAAAGAAAGAUUGUACAAGGUACUAUCAUUGUGUUACUGACAAGAAUCUACUAUCAACAUUUUACUAUCCAAGAUGUUACCCAAAGACGUAAAAUAUGUUAGCUUUUGGAUUGUAGUCACUACUAUCAAAUAUUGUAAAAAUUAAAUGUGAGCGCAUGCGCUGAUUGUGGUGUAUACUUCGCCUAUUCAAUUGCGGUCCUUGUGUUUUCACGCACGUGUUUAUAUAUAGUGAAAAAAAUUGUGAAUAAAAAAAUGGACGAGUUUGUUAAAAAUUUAUUAAUGUCGUGGAAUAUGGAAUCUUUGAUUCCAUCUUUUGGAGGUAGGUUUAUUAUUUUGAUUGAAUUAGCGAAGACUGAAGUGUGAACGUGUUUAUAACCUCAAAACAAUUUUGCGUUGUUUAGACGGUAAAAUUGAUGAAGAAUUGUUUUACUUACUGGACAAUGAUACAAUAUCACUCAUUAUACCAAAACCAGAACCUCGCUUAAAAUUUUUUAAAAAAUUUUAAGAUUACAAAAAUCAAGUAAGUUUUUUUUCGUUUGUAAAAAUGUACAUGUGUUUAUUGAAAUUUUUUUUUGGAAAAAAAACUUUCAUAUUUUUUCUUACUUUUUUUAAAGUUAAAAAUUAGUAAAAUAAUACAAAUUCAAUUGACUCUGUGAAAAAAAUGUACCGUUUGAUAAAUAUAUUUAUGUUUAAGCAAGUCCUUUUUAUAGACGGAGUGAAAAAAUAGACAUACUCCUUUUUAUGUAAAAAGUUUAAAGUUUAAAUUCUUAUCGAAAUGUUUUAUUAAAAUAAAAUGAAAUUAUUUAAGUUUACAAAAAAAGCGAGGUUAGGUUCGUGUAUAUUUGCCACUCGAGAACGUAAAGAGAUCGUAUAUAAAAUUUUUAACAUCAAAGAUUGUAAAUUGUACAAUCAAAUUUCUAUAAUCAUCUGAUAGUAAAUACUACAAUCUAUAUCGCUGUCUGUAUAUUUAGCACUAAAUAUGGUUGCCCUUAACAUCAUUAUGUUACCCAGUAGCAUAAAUUUCUCUCCGUGUAUAUAUAUAUAGAGAGAGAAUAGUUAAAUUUUAUUUUAAUGUAAACGAAAAUUAAUUUAAAUUUUCGUCUCUUAUUAUUAAUUUUUAAAGCCCAGUAAACGACAAACGAAAGAUGUAUUUUUUAUUUUCUAGAUGUAUAAUUUAUCAAGCGAUCGGUAAAAAGAAAAAAAAACUUGAUCUCUAUUGGAUUAAGUGGAAUCGCAAUAACUGUGGUUCGUCCGUGUAUUGAAAUCUAUAAUAAUUAUAUAUUUAAAAUAUAUGAACGAUGGAAAUUUUAAGACAAGGUUCAAAACGUAGAGAGAAAGAGAGUGAGAUAAAAAAUGAAAGCGAGAGUGAGAGAGAAAAUGAAUUUAAAAAAAAAAAGAUUUUGUGACACUAUAAAGUGCCUGCCUUUUUCGUGUUUAGAUACACGUAAAAAUCUAACACUAGAAUUCCAAAUAAAAAGAAAAAUAAUAAAUAAUACACCGUAAAAGAAUAAAUAAAAAAACAAACAAUUGAACACUUGAUUUUUUUAGGACCAUCGGUAACAAAAAAAAAAAAAAAAAAAAACAAAAAAAACCAACGUAUAGGAUUUUAUUAUUAAAUUAAGAGCGAAUUUAGAAAUUGAGGUUUCCGUACAGCGAGAGCGUGUCGCUUUUCUAAAUGUGCUAUAUAUAUUUUGAAAAGAAUAUCAGAUUGUGGUAAACGGAAACCUUUUAUAAGUUAGUGCGACAUUUUUGUAGAAUUGUCUUUUCCAAAUCUUGUUUUGCAUAUAAUAUACAUAUAUAUAUAUAUAUAUAUUAUAUAUAUAAAAAAAAGAAUAAGUUGUCUUGUAUCAAGUAUCAAAUUUGUAUAAUGUGAGAGAAAAGACGAGAAUUUUAAGUGUAAUAUUGAUGAGAACGGAGAAAUUUUUACCGAGACGAAAUAUAUUUGCGAUAUUUUUCAAAUUUGGAAUUUUAAAAUUUUUCUAUUUUCAUAAAAAAAAAUGGGAGUUUAACAAAUUAGGAUAUACAAUUUGUUUUCUAAAUAAAAAUUAUUUUUUUUGAAUUUGAAAAAAUUCUUUUUAAAUAAAAAAAAAUAGAAAAAAUAAUAGUAAAAUUAAAAAAAAAUUGUUUAGACGAGUGUAAAAGGAUGAAAAAAUUUUCAAGUUCCAAAAUUGGAAACCGGUGAAAAUGAUUUGAGAGUGAUUUAAUUUUUUUUUUAAAUUUCAUAUCUAGUAGCUUGAUAUUAUUGCGAAGCACGUGAUUAGAAUUUCAUUUUUCUUUAAAAAAAAAAAAAAAAAAAAAUCAACGUAUAAAUGAAAUGGCUCAGUUUUUAAAACUAGAUUUAUCAUUUUAUCUUGAUUCGGAGCCAAAAUCGAUAUUUGACAUUUGACUUUAUCUCUGAAUCGACUUAAAAUCAUAAGCUAGAGAUAUAGUGAAUAUUAGUGGGACAAAAAAAAACCAAGUAAUUGUGCACGUCUAGUAUUAGUAAGGGUAUAAAAAAAAAUUACGUUAACGAAAUAUUUUGAUCGAAAAUAUAUUGAUAUUUUGAUCAAAAAAGAAAAAAGAAAAAAAAAAAAAAAGACGAUAAAAAAUGUAUUUAAAAAAAGAAAAUAAGGAGAAAUGGAGCAAAUAUGGUAAAGAGAUCUUGCAUUUUCACAAAUAUCUCUACUCUUAUUACAAGAUAAAAAAAAAAAAAAGUCGCGUCGUUAUUUAUAUUAUAUUAUAUAUUGUUAACGUGUAUGUAUGUUUCCAUUCCUUUUAUGGUGGAAGAUUUUUUGAAAUUGAAUUAAGUCAAGGCGAACGCGAUUCCUUUUUUUAUUACCUUUCAAAUACUGAAAAGAGGCACCAUUUGUGUAAUACAUAUUAUGUGAUCUAUAAAUACAUACAGACCAUUAUCAUAUAUAUGCAGAAGUGAUUCGAAAAUAUUUUUAUUAAGGAAAUAUGAAUUUUUCGUGUGAGAAUGAUUUUUUUCUUUCAUAUUUGUUUAUUUAUUUCGAAAAUUAUAAAUUUUUUCAUUACUAUUAAUUCUGGAAUGUUUACAAAUUUUAUUAAUUAAAAAAGAAAAAAAAUUUAUAUUUUAUUGUAUCUUACAGGGAUCACAGUACCUUUUUUCUUAAAAAUAUGAAAAAUAACUAAUUUUUAUCUAUUCAAAUUUUUAUUAAGUGAAAUUUUUCAUCAAUAUUAUUGAAUAAUUAAUACUUUAAAAUUUGGACAAUUUAAAAUUCGGAUAAUUUGCAACUUAAAUCAAUUCAAAUUCAAAUAAUUAUAAAAAAUAAAUAAAUUAAAAUUUUUACAAUUUAAAAUUCAAAUAAUUUGAAACUUAAAUCAAUUAAAAUUCGAAUAAUUUUAAAAAUAAAUUAAUUAUAAAAUUCAGAAAAAUGGAAAUUCAAAUAGGUUAAAAAAAUAAAUUAAUUAAAAUUUAAACAAUUUAAAAUUCAAAUAAUUUGAAAUUUAAAUCAAUUAAAAUUUUGGAUAAAUUGAAAUUUGGAUAAUUUGAAACUUAAAUCAAUCAAUCUUAAGGUAAAUUGAAAUUUUAUUAAUUAUAAGUCUCAAUCGAUUAAAAUUUUAAUAGAAUAAAAUAGAAUUAAAUUGAAAUUUAAAUGAAUAAAAAUUUGAAUAAAUUUAAAUUGGAAUAAAUUGAAUUGAUGGUUAAUUAGAAUUAGAAUGAAUUUAAAUUUAGAUCGAUUAAAAUUUAAUUCAAUAAAUGCUUCAAUUAAUUUAAAUUUUAAUUUAUUGAAAUUUUUCUUUAAAUCAUUUUUAAAUCAAUGGAAAAUUUUCGAUAAAUUGAAGCUUCGGUCAAUUGAAACAUUUAAAGAAAAGGUGAAAAAAGUAACUUAUUAUCAAAAUAGAUAUAAAUAAAAGGUUAAUAGGUGUGAUAAACCUGUGUUCCCUGUUUCUAUUUUAAGAAAAUAUCAUUAAACAAAUUUUUGAAAACAAAGACAGUUCGAUAAAUAGAUUUUUAAUAGAAAUAUAUUUCGAAUCUAAUUCUGAUUUCAUAGGAAAAAAAAACGAGAAAACCAAAAAAAAAAUAAAAUAAAAUAAAGACUGUGAUUAGGAGCGUGAGGAAAAAAAAUAGAAAUGAAAACAGAAUUUAUUAUGCAAGAUCGCAAAAAGUACAAAAUCUGUACCAUAACAUGCCUUAAAAUGAAUGAUGUUGUAGAUGCUCAUUAAAAAAAAAAAAAAAUCAUUAAUUUUUAACGUGCAAGUAUUUAUAUAAUGGCUUUAGCUUUUAUUAGCGGUACUGAAUUCAGACAUAAUAAAAUAAAAUAAUUAAAAUACGAAAAAAAGGAAUGGGGGUAAAUAAAACGUGAACGUCUUGACUUAAAUUCAAUGUGCAUUUAGUCAAGGGAGAAUUGUAUUACUAUUAUUAUUAUAUUAUUAGUAUUAUUAAAAUUAUUACAUUAAUAUAAUUAUUAUUAAAUAUUAAUAUAUUAUUACUAUUAAUAAUAUUAUUAUAUUGAUGUAAUAAUUAAUGUUAUUAUUUCAAAAAUGUGAGAUAGGUUCCUGACACAAAUGUCCCACCAAUGCGAUUAUAGACGUAGUUUUACAAAAGAAAAAAAAAGAUGUUUAUGAAAAUGCUUUGCGAUCUCGUCUGUAAGAUGAUUAGGCCUACAGUUUUUUUUUUAUUAUUAUUUGUAAUUAUUAGCGUUUUUCUAUUAAUAAGUAUUGAUGUUAUCGUCGAGAAAAGAGCAUUUUGUGUAUGAGAAAGAGAAGAAUUUCUCGGUAUAAAUGCAAAUCGUUCUCUAAGAGAAACAAUUUUGACAACAAAGGACAAAAGGAUUAAAAAAAAAAAAAAAAAACAGAUGAAGUAAAAAAACAAAUUUAAUAAUAACUACUGUUGUAAAGAAUAACGCCUAGAUUUUUGCGUAUAUAUUAUACUGUAACUCCUUUCAGUUUGUUUAAAAACGUUAUUAAUAUAAGGAAACAUUUUAUAACA